AUGGAGCUCGUGGCGCUUUGCACCGAGACCAGGGCCCUGUUUACGUACAUAUUCGUACAGGCAGAUGGCCAAACACCGAGCAAAGACGCCGGUCAGCCCCAGGGCCCGGUUCCGACCAAGGAGGCGCCGUGCCGAGGAUCAGCGGCUUCUCGUAUCGUGGUGCGGCGUCACUCUGGCGGGCAUCGCUUGCGCUACUCGAUGCGGGCAAGUCAGCCAACGUCGUGGGCCACCAGAUCAGGCCGUGGCUUGCCGCUUGCGAGCGAUGCUCAAACAGGAGAUGCAUCGGGCUGGUGGCUUGGUGUGGCGCUCCUUUAUCUCCGAGACCAAAUGAACGGCGCCAUUUGUUGCUUGGGCCGUGACGUUCAAGAGCGUGUGAUUGAGCCCGAGCCUGACGAUGUUACAGGAUCUGAUUUCCUCGAGAUCUUUGAGGUCACAGCGAGCGGGGAAGCGAGAUGUCCAUGUUAUGCUGCAAGAUCGGUUGCUAUAGACUUUGUAUCAAGUAGAAGGGGGUUGAUCCAGAGAAUCUGUUGGUCCCAUCUAGCGCAGACAUCCCUUGAGAUCCAUGGUGAAAUCAGUCAAGCUGUCAGCAUCAUCCGGAAGACAAGACGGAAACAUCACCGGAAAACCUCACGCACUCCAGCAAGUCAGGAAACAAAGACAGAUGCCAGCAGUGGAGACCAAGGCCUGACGAACCGCUCCAAUGAGAUGAGGCCGGCCAAGUACACGUAUCGCGGCAGACCAGCACUGUGCAUGAAUUUUGACGACGGAGAGAGGCCCCCUGGUAGGCUAGCCAGGAAAGGCGUCCAGGUCGAGGCUGGUGUUAGCGACGUCAUAAGUCCGAAGAGCGAGAAGUUAUUAUAUGUCGAGAGACAUCGUUUUUUCGAAGUUGUUGACGCAUUCCUAGGCCUGGGGAACCUGCAGAGCUUUGAUCGCUGCGGGCACCGUGUCGGCCAAACUGUCCUCACAUGCAAGCAUCGCAUUCAAGCCAUGUGCGACGUCUCCAACCAUGAGAUUGACUUGUCAGAAGUCGUGCCAGACUGUGCAAUCUGGUGUUGCAUCGGACCAUCGCGGUGGAGAGAGCUGAAUUGGAGUCAGAACGGCAAGGGGAGGCUGAUUCUGCUCCCCUGA